UCGCUGUUGUGUUUCGGCUGGUGGUGUGGGGAGAAUAUGAGAAAUAGUAUAAUAAGCAUUCGUUCACACAAACAACAACUAUGUUUAACCAUCAUCUCCAUCACUCACAUUUGGAGUAUGCCAUUCAUGUUGCUGGCGUUCUUGUUGUUGCUGGACAAUUAUUGCUGGGUUGUUGAAGGUGGGCCGCUGCUGCCACCACCACCGCCGACAACGAUCUGAUGUGCAUGGAGAAUCCCCAAAGUCGGGCAUUUCGAAUGUUGUUGUUGGUCGAGCGUUGCUGCCAGAGAUUUGCUGGUUUGUUUUGCUUUUGAGACCAGCAAACACCACUGGCCCCAUUGACAGUCAUUUCAGUAUGUUUUUGUUUUGCGACCAUUGCGGAUGCGGAUGAAUUUGUUGACGACAACGACAGGCGAACGACCACACACACUCCGAGCAUCAGAAGUCGGCUUCUUCUUGGACUUUUAUAUUUUACGUUAAUUUUGUUUCGGUUUUUUUAUUUUUUUAAAAUAAAAAUAUAUACAUAUAUUUCUCUGGAUGUUUGUUAAACGGUUCCGUUGUGGUUACAGUGUCAAGAAAAAAAAAUACAAUCAGCUAACCAAGAAACCAAAGCGCAGCAAAAUAGAAACAUUGCGGUACGGUAUAUGUUUGGUGUGUGCGCUCGCCCGUUGAUGCUUUCAGUGCGUUUCUGGGCUUACAAAGAAACGCGUCAUUUUACGCUUUUUUCCUACUUCUGAUCGUUGGACCUACAAUAUUGUUCUUUCGCAGCAUCAACAUCAUCGUGGUCGGUAAAAACGGUCGAUCAUUUUAAAAGUAUUGUCUGUGCAAUCCGGGUUGGUACAUCGUCUUCCACACGAUCUCACAAGAAAAAAUGCAAUACUUUUCAUUGUUGUCGUUAUUAAGAGGUCGAAUUGAAAAAUUUAUAAAAUAAGAAAACACAUUACAAUAAAAUUAAAAAGAACAAUCCGCAUCCAGAAGUUAUAAAAAGUGCAAUUGCCAAAAAAUUUCGUUUGUAAUUUGAAAGCGAAAAACCCUCGGUUACAGGAUCACUAAAACUGCAACAAAAUUGGAUCAUACUCAACGAUAAACGAUUUCCCAGUUCUAAAAGUUCUUCAAAAACAAAAUGACCGACACAAUGAGUUCUGCCGGUCAAAUGGAGCUAUCGCUCAAAGAUAAUGGACUCAUUGUUGAUAUGUCAACAACAGCGUCACUGUUACAUCACAAUACAUUAGCCUCACACGCUCAUGCCUUGCGUAGCCUUAAAGAACACCAUCAUCAUCACCAGCAGCAGCAACAACAGCUUCAGCUACACCACAGCUCCGAAGAUCAGUCGUCUUCGUCCUCAGAUAAUGGUGGCGAGAAGCCCAUCUCCACACCAGUUACAGCCAAUGUCAGUAUAUCGCCAACAAAUCUCUCAACGAACAACAACAACAGCAAUUCAAAUGCCUCCAAUAAUCCUACAACAUUCCGUUGCGAACGCUGUGACAAUUUCGAGACAAGCUCCCGAGCCACAUUGCUCUUGCAUGUAGUACAAUGUUUAUCGAAUUCAGCUGCUGCCGCAGCACGCCUUAAAAACGAAGAUGUCGAUGGGGGUGAUAGUCUACAGAACUCGGCAACGAGCAGUGGCGGUCCAGAUCAGCAUCCGGGGGGUUCGGUAACACCGGUCAGUGGGGGUGUGGUCAGCGCCAUUGCCAAUGGUAGCAAUUGCACUGCCCCAGCCAAUUCAACAAAUCCGUCUCAGCCAGCGUCCCGCAAAGUGUUCGAAUGCGAUGUCUGCAAUAUGAAAUUUUCGAAUGGUGCAAACAUGAGACGUCAUAAAAUGCGACACACCGGUGUCAAGCCUUAUGAGUGUCGAGUGUGCCAAAAGAGAUUCUUUCGCAAAGAUCACUUGGCGGAACAUUUUACCACACACACAAAAACGCUGCCGUAUCAUUGCCCGAUAUGCAAUCGGGGUUUCCAGCGACAAAUUGCCAUGCGGGCCCAUUUCCAAAAUGAGCAUGUGGGCCAACAUGAUCUCGUCAAAACCUGUCCAUUGUGUAGUUACAGGGCUGGAUCCAUGAAAUCUUUAAGGAUACAUUUCUUCAACAGACAUGGCAUUGAUUUGGACAAUCCUGGACCGGGCGGUUCUUCGUCGCUGUUACUCGCUCUGGAGUCACAGGCAUCACAGGUGGCUGCCGCCGCCGCUGCAGCCGGUUAUGUGCCGACUGGUCUGAAUGCCGUUGCAGCAGCGGCCGCAGCUGCUGCUAAUGCAGUUAAUUCCAAUGCGGCCAUUGUCUCGGCCGCCAACAGCAUGCCCAGCCACCAGAGCGACAGCGGUGAAUCGCUACGCUCCCUGGAAAAUGCAACACCGCCAAUGCAUUUCCUAACGCCCCACGUGGAGAUCUCAACACUACCCGACAAUGGCCUCUCGGAUAACGCUAUGUUCAAUGGUCACACCAGCACCACCAAUGCCAGCAACACCCCCAAUAGCAGUAGCAACAAUAAUAACAACAAUACGACCACAUCAUCGGCCGGCAGUACCACGGGAGAUGUGAUGGGUCCCAAUGAUCGUGACACCCUCAUGGAGUCACCAGUGCCGUUGACCAUAAAUAUGCCGCCACAAGAACAUCCGCUAGAUUGUAAUGCCAAAUCGUUGCCUUCAAGUACCAGUAGCAGUGCCAGCAGCAGCAGCGGCGGCGGCGGUGGCGGUGGCAGUGGCAACGGUGUCGGUAGUAUGGGACCGGGUGGAGCUUUAUGUGGUGCCUUGACUUCCGUAUCACCGAAGAACCAUCAUGAGAAUCACAUAACGCCCUCCAUUAGUCUCAUACCAAUUAAGCAGGUCAGUGAACCUCCCAGCGAGGACACUGGCAAGAAUUCUAUCAAUGGCGAGACCAUGAAUGGUGGCGAUAGCAGUGAAUCGGAAUUCUCAGCACCAAAUACGAGACUAACGUCGCUGAUCAAGGUUUCCCCCUUAAAAUCAUUGCUGCGGGAAGAUCUGAAACGCCGUAUUUGUGCCAAGGCCAAUAAUCGUAUUACUCGCAAUGCUGCCUCCAUGGAAAACAAUAAUGUGAUACAAAGCAGUUUGACACCAACAUGUGGAGCUGCCACUUCGUCCACUACGCCGAUUUGUAAUGGCACCAUAACAUCGACCGGACCCGAAAACGAUUCGGCUGGUCUCAAUCGGAAACAAAUACUCACUUGUCUGUUCUGUGGCAUUGAAUUUCCCGACGAAACUCUCUACUUCCUGCACAAGGGUUGUCAUUGUGAAAGUAAUCCAUGGAAAUGUAAUAUUUGCGGGGAACAGCUGAACAAUGUGUACGAAUUCAAUGCUCAUCUGUUGAGCAAAAGUCAUCAAUAGCAACCAAUGCAUAAGGGUGUCUUGACACCUGCGGCAAAAGAUUAAAGAAGGCGUGGUAGAAUGCAUAAAGAAGAAUGGCCAUCAUUCUGCAAGGAGAACAAGCGGGCGUUGGGGCUUUAUCAGAUCCCAUGAUGUAAAGAGCAUAGCGUAAUUUUUUGUUUUGUUUGAAAAUAGGUCUCGAAACAAAGAAUGAAAUUUAGAGAAGAUAUCAUGUGAGAGAAAUAGAGCGAGAGGCAUUUGAUUCUUAUUAUAAUAAUUAUUAUUGUUUUUUUUUUUUACAUUUUUCAUUCAUAAUGGUUUUUUAUAUAUAUACAAUUUUUUUAAUUUUUCGUUGUAUUUUUUUCAUUUUUGUUAUUCAUAUCUCGUAUAAUUAAUUGUAGAUAUAUUUGUAGGUUAAGUGAAGUAAUACAAAAACAACAAAACAACACAUUUUAAAGCUAACAAAUCAGAAGAAAAUAACAAAAAAAAAAACAACAUGGGCAAAGGCAAUAUUUUAAGUAAACGAGAUUUAACAAAACUACAAAAACAUCAACAUAAAGAAAUAAUUUCAACAAAUUUUUAAAAAUACAAACAUUGGAGUGUGAUAGUUAGUCCUUAGAUUUUAACAAAGUGAAAAAAAAAAAUACAAAAACAACAUAAUGUACUUUAAAAGAAAAGUGAAACAAAUCAACAACAACAAUUACAAAAACAGAGAAAGAGUAAAAAUUUUAGAUUUUCAAUUAAAAACCAUAGUAAGAACAACGCAUUACAAAUAAACAAAUAAUAACAACCGAAUAUAUUUGCACUUGUAAUAAACAAUAGCGAUAAUAUCCAAUUUUUUUAAGAACA